AUGUUUCAUUUGAAUCAGAAAAAACAUUCUAUCUUAAUCGGCAACGCCAGAGGAGUCGGGACCUUCAUCGCUGUUGAUUUUCUUGGGCAUAUUGGUCCGAGACAACGUGACUCUUGUCUUGCUCGCCUUCUAAAAAACGGGGUCCUGGCGGCUGGGUGUGGAAACCAAUCUUUGCGUCUUCGACCCGCUCUUAUUUUCAAGCCCCUUCAUGCCGAGCUCUUCCUUGAUCGCUUUGAAAAGAGUCUUAGUCAACUCUAA